GUAGAAUCCGGAACUGUCAACAGGAAGCGGCGGAGACGCAGCAGCGCUCGUUUCAAACGUCAGAAGAGAGCAGCCGCUGCGGUGUCCCUCCUGCAAGGCGGUGAUUAUGCGGCCGGGACGGCGUCUGUAACCCGGCUUUAACAGGUCUCAGUCCGGGCUGUGGGACGCAUUCCUGGGAGCGUGUCUGUUUUGGGGCCACGAUGGAGGUCCGAGGAGCCCCCGCUGAGGUCCUCCUGCAGCGUCCCUGGCUCCCUGUGAGCAUCAGCGGCUGCCAGCUCCUCGCCAAGAGCUGGUUCGGGGAAACGUCGUACCACAUCCUGCUGACGGACGUCGACUGUGUGUGGGAGGAGAGGAUGGACUCCGCAGCCAUCCAGAAGAGAGCUCAGGAGCUGAACCGACGUCUGCGAGCCGAGGUCAAAGCUUUCUUCUCCCACCUGUGUGAAGUGGUUCAGCCGUGUCUGACAGGAAGUGACGGGCGACCCGACGGCGAGGCCCAGAUCUCCCUGAGGCGCCAGGAGGACGGGAACAUCAGCAUUAAGCUGAAGAGCGAGCUGGCGGAGCUGCCCUUUUACUGGGAGUUUCACUGCACCCCCGCCCCCGUCACGGUGGUGUGCGGUCAGCUGGUGCGCCCCCUGCUGGAGAUGAGCCGCCUGCUGCAGCGGCAGGUGGAGCAGCUGGGAGGUCUGCUGGGGAGGAAGGACGCAGAGAUCCAGGACUACAGAGAGAACGGAGCGGUGCUGAGCAGAGAGCGGCUGCAGACGGACGUCUUUGAGGAGAAAACGUACAGAGAGGACUUCAUGGCAAAGGCUCUUCCUCUGCUGCGUUCUGAGCGGACGGACGCUCUGGGCUUCGACGCCGACCUCCAGCGUCUGUACGCAGCCGUCGUCGCCCAGAACGCCCGGAAACGCAAACUGUCUGAGGAGAAACAAGCAGCCGUCGCCUCGUCUGGAGCUGGAUCCGUCAUCAGUGAAGUAGGGGAGGACGCGCUGGAGGACGCAGCUGGAGCCAAGAUGGCCGACAGACCUGCAGAACAACAGGCUCUGCCGGUCCGGUCCAACCCUGCAGAGCGAGCGUCCUCCAAACCAAAGAAGAAGAAGGGGGUGGGACUGUUCCGAUGAGCGUAGCAGGGACGCACACAGACCACCGUUCAGAGCCGCAUCAGCAGAAACUGCUUUUUAUCCUUUUGCUGCUUUUAAGCCAAUUCUUAUUUUUAAACGUUUUUAUAACACUUGUUUUUAAUUACGGUGAAGAUUUUUUUUCUUACAAGAGGCUUUUAGAUUAAUAUUAUUCAAUAUUUUACAGUGUGGGAGUGAACUGUUCAUUAAAGAUGUAAACAUCG